AUGGAGUCGUUUGUGGGGGCGCAAGUCAAAAAGAAUGUUGAGUUUGAGGACGGAUUUAAGCAAUCCAAUACUCAUUUGAGAAUGAUUGAGACCCAAUCAGCUCAACUCGCUAAUACCAUAAAGGAACAACAAGUGCAUACUAGUCUCCCACCCCAAGGUCAACCUCCUAAGCAAAUGUAUGCAAUCAUGACAAGGAGUGGGAAGAUUUUAGAUGAUGUUCCUAGAGCUAAUGAGGUUUCUAAGUCCAAUGGGAAGGAUCAAGAGGGAGUCGUUGAGUCUAGCGACAAUGAUGUGGUAGAAGAGGAGCCUCCCAUCGAUGAUGUGGGUGAUACUCCUAUACCAAAAGAGGCAACUCUUCUACCUCUCCCCACUCCUAAACUCCCCUAUCCUCAAAGAUUUUUAGGCAAAAAAUUGGAUGAUCAGUUUUCUAAGUUUCUUGAUGUGAUUAGCAAGUUGCAUGUCUCAUUGUCUCUCACCGAGGCACUUAAACAAAUGCCCCGCCAUUCUAGAUUCAUGAGAGAUGUUCUUAAUGGCAAGAGAAGUUGUGAACCCAAAGAGACCGUGCAACUCACGGAGAGUUGUAGCGCUCUAAUUCAACACUCCUUUCCCCCAAAACUCAAUGAUCCCGGGCGUUUUUCAAUCCCUUGUAGCAUUCAAAAGCACAAAUUUGAUAAUGCUCUUUGUGAUUUGGGGGCAAGUGUGAGCAUCUUGCCAUAUAAGACUUAUGAGAAGCUCAAUCUAGGUGAUCUCUCUCCUACCGCUAUGUCAUUACAACUAGCCGAUCGAUCGGUUAUGUUGCCAUUGGGUAGGAUUGAGGAUGUUCCCCUCGUUGUUGGCAAGCUUACUUUUCUUGUUGACUUCUGUGAUAAUGAGCUUUCUAGGUCCUCUCCCGAUGACAAGGAAGUCCAUGUGAUCCCAAGGGUGUUUGAUGAUAAGUUUGAUGAUGUCAUAACCAUCCCCGAGAUAUUUGGGAUGCAUAUUGAUGGUGAUGUUGGGGCUAAAACCUCCAAAGUAAUUCAUGAAUCGGCAAACAAAGCCAAGACACCCAAGAAAGCCAAGAAGCCCAAGAAAGCCAAGGAAAAGCUUGGUGGCGGAUUGUUUGGUUGGCACCUUAUGAAUGGGGAUGUCGAAUUGUUCGAAUAG